UGCUAGCUUUGCAGAAGGAGAGAACAGCAGAAUAUGCCCUCAAUCUAAUAAUUGUUUACUGGUGCUGUGUAAUUUUCUCAAAAACAUAUUGAAAACAAGUCAUGUUUAAGCAAAUUUCCAAAGCAAAACCAAAAGAUCGGAUGGACGUUUUUUACAUGGCUUGGUUAACUGAACUUUUUUUCCAUAUCUAUAGGCAGAGACUAACAACAUCGAAGGCGUCAAUGGUUUAAUCUCUGGGAAACACAGUCUAAAGCGAGUACGCUUUGAGAGGAAAGCCAUCGAAAGGGAUUCUGAGAGCCCAUAUGCUGAACGACAAUUAAGUCAUUUUACACCUUAUGACAGAUUGUUAGAUAAAGAGCGUAGGAUACGCAAACCGUACUCCUUAUACAGGAAUAGUGCGGAGAGCGGCGUGUUGCUUAACCAUCACAACAAUCUUCGAGUAGAAAACGACAGAGGCAAACUCCCCUAUGAAAGAUCACAGAUCGACGAAACGUGCAUUGCCAAUUUGUCCAAAGGACGCGAUUCGGGUUUCGAAGACUUACAAAUGCAGAAUUAUGCGACGAGUAGUAGCUUGUUACCUUGGUCACGUGUUUAUAAAAUGACGCAAUCAACAGAAUCAUUACCCAAUUCCUAUCAACCUAAGGUUUAUGGUUCCUAUUCCCUCUCGGAUUCGUAUGGCCGCGGUGAUGUGACAAGUUUCCAAAAUCCUUCCUCGGAAAAAGAGAGCACAUCGUUUCUUUCCAGAUUUAUUUCCAGGAGAAAGGACAAGGAGCUCUUCCCAGCUGAGGUCGUUAACCUUGAUGACAUCGUCAGUAACAAUUCACGAAACGGUAAUGUUUUCAAGCGACUCUACAGAUUCUCCAAACGGAAAGUGACCAGGUCUUCGAGCUUUGCGAUAGAGAGUUUCGCGGAUGGCGUUCAAUUGACAAGAAAAAAUAGCUUUGUGGUUUCUGGGAAUGAUGACUUUUUGUCCGGUUCAACAAACGAUCAGCCCAAAGACUCAGUCUUGCACCAGGAACAAGGAGAAAUACUGACCCCUGAAAAAACUCCAAAGGAAUUUUCGACGACUCUGAUAUACAAUACACGGAGUGAUUCUUCCAAAAACGAAGGGAAGUUGAGAAAGAUGCAAAAACGGCUCGCGAAUGAAGCUAAAGAUCCCAGUAAUUCUCGCGAAAACUCACUCAUUUGGUGACCGCAAAGGAUUAUGGUCUCCACGCGCGUGCAGUAAUUAAGGGUUAAGGGUAUUUAUAUAACCUUUAUUUACCCUCGGCAGUGUUAUAGCACAAGUGCUAGUGUAGUGGG